AUGAAUGGCAUCAAAAGACCAGAAAACCGCGGCAGAGCCAAAAAUACCAAGAUGGAGAUGAAGAAGAGACUGGGUUUUGACUAUUACAGUGUCAUGGUGAAGCUCCAGCUUCCCCCAGCAUGGCUACAAGCUCUAGAGCAACGUCCUAGAAUACCGCCAACGCCGCUAGAACACCUUCCAAAUGACAACUGGGGCCAGGAUGAGUCUUUCCAAUUUUGCAAGGCAGAUGAUGACGAGCCAUACUCAACACGCAUCCUGCGGUCGUGGUCAAAGAAUGGCUCGGAAAACAGCUUGCAAGAUGGGGGCGAUGCCGUUCCCAUCGAUGCCGACAACGAGCUUGACCAUUCUAUGUCUGACCAGGCUGGCACCAAAUCCAGCGACGAAAUGUCCAGUAACACUGGCGACGAGCUUGAAGAUACAGAAUAUCAAGACUCAACUAGCGCAAUCCCGCGAUUCGAGUAUAUCCAAGACUGGAGUUAUGAGAACAGAAAUGAUGUGGGUGCGCAUCAGCAAAGAGAUGGCUGCUGA